AUGAGUCUAUUCGCGUGCCCCAAUUCCUCGCGGAUGGUGCUGAGAUCUGCUCUCCAACGAGCAGUUUCGAGGGCAUCGUCAUCUGCGACUCAACCAUUCACACCAGCUCGAUGGAUUUCCGGUCGUUCGCCUAGUAACCGAAAUGGCCUUUUAUCGACUACAAACUGCCGAAACAACCCGUUUGGAAACAGCCAUACAUCGUACGAGACCCGACGAACGAUAUUCUUCGAUAAGACGAUCCGAAAAUAUGAGGACCUGCCGAGUGAUUACAGGGACCAGGUCGGCAUUCAGUUCAGAAGCAAGGAUUUGUCCGAAGAAGAGGUUACGAAAGCUUUCGGAAAAGGAAUCAACACCAAAAAGGCGAACCAACUGCUACGUAUUCUCCAUGGUCGUCGGGUUGCUGGUACUCUCAAUGAUCCAGCGUUUGCCGUUCAUACAUCCACGUUCUCCAAGGCCCAAAUCGAAAAAGGACUCGCGUAUCUAAGGAAGACGGUUUCUGUUGACGAAGUCAUGAACGCAGGACUUCGAGCUGAGGAUGAGCUUGCACAACUUGAGGCGGAACGGGAAGCUGCGGAAAAGAAGAAGGCCAAGUCAACAACCAAGAAGAACAAGGAUGACACUGAAGUCGAAGCCCCAAUCUACAAGCCAGACCCGGUCUACGGCCACAGUAAGCUUGACGAAAUUCGAGCACAGAAUGUAGCCAAGCGCAAGGCCCAGGAAGCUCUUGAGGAAGAGGCGCGCAAGCUAGCCGAAGCCAAGGGAGAAGUGAACUCUGGCACUCUGGCCAACCUUGACCACAAGGCAGAGCGCCAGAUUGCCAACCCCAAGAUCGCCGAGUACUACAAGAACGCACAGUCUGACAUGCAAGCUCCCGUUGAACUCAGGGCUUGGGAGCGUAUUCUUCCCUCGGCCACUCUUGUUGUUCUUGUCGUUGGCUUCCUCGCUGCUGUCACCACCGUCUAUGAAGAGCCCUCUCCUCGGUACCGAAUUUUCCCUGAUGUCUCAACUGCGCAUGCGACGCUCGGAGCUAUUGUUGCAGUCAACGUGCUUGUCUGGGCAGCAUGGAAGGCUCCUCCUUUGUGGAAGUUGCUCAACCGCUACAUGAUCAUCGCUGUCGGCGCCGUAAAGCCUGUCACCAUGUUCACUGCGCCGUACUCUCAUCAGGGAAUUGGUCACUUGAUCAUGAAUAUGGUUCCUCUCUUCUUCGUCGGUUCUGCUCUUCACAAUGAGAUCGGCCGCGCCGACUUCCUUACCCUCUAUACAGCAUGCGGUGCGGUCGGCUUUGUCGGCAGUGUAGCUACUUAUGCUUUGCGAGGCAUGCUGCACGUUACUACACUGGGCGCCUCGGCGGGAACUCUCGGUGUGAUAGCUGCGUACUUCUGGCAUCACCGUGUCGACGGCUUCAGGUUCUUUGGUCUACCCCAACAGGAUGGUGUACCCGGUAUCAUCUUCCUGGCGAUCUGCUGCGUGCCACAGCUUGCCGCUUUCGGCAAGACGGCCAAGUUACAGAUCGAUCUCGCAUCGCAUCUAUUUGGCCUUGCGUCGGGAGUCUUGGGCAUGGAACUUAUUAACCGUAGGAGAGGAGACAAGGGUAAGGAGGUGAUCCUUGUUCCUCCUCCACGUUGGUUUCAACAGUCAAACUCGCGACCUAACUGA